AUGAAUUCCCUUUUUAAUGCUGCGCUGAAACAGUCGGCUGCGGUCCGCCGUGACCUUGAUACCUUCGCAGAGGCUCCUGCCAGCGGCCCAGCCGCGCUCCAAGGGCAGAUAUCCGCAUCUCUCGCCUCGUUUUCACGAACUAUAGACGACUACUCGUCACUUUCGAAGAAGGAGCUCAUACCGGCAAAACAGGAGAAGGCAUUUGACCGGGUAAAGAACUUUAGAACCGAACUAGCAGACUACAGACUGCAGUUUGACCGGUUACGCAAGGAGAGGGAAGAAGCUCAAGUUGCCACAAAUAGGAACGAGCUACUAGGUCGUCGACCACACAACGCUGCCACGCCCGAGAACCCAUACGCACAAUCCAACCUACCUGCCCAACAGUCGGCGUUCGCCAGCCCGCAUCGCCAGCAAGCGUCCGCAGGUGGUGGGCUCAGUUUCGGCACAUCGCCCUCAGAAUAUAACCGAGAAACACACGCUCUGCGAGAGCAGUCUUUUCUUUCUAACACAAAUACGCAAAUCGAUGAGUUUCUUGAUAGAGGCCGAGCUGUCUUGGCUGAUCUCGGCCAGCAGCGCGAAAUGCUAAAAGGAACCCAAAGGAGAUUAUACAGCGUCGCCAAUACCCUAGGCGUAAGCGGCGACACGAUACGGACAAUCGAGAGAAGAGCCAAACAAGACAAAUGGAUAUUUUGGGGAGGACUUGUCAUCUUCAUCUUAUUCUGCUGGGCGGUUCUCUAUUUCCUUCGCUGA